AUGACCUCACCCGUCUCACAGCCCUCGGAAACAUCACCACUUCUGACAACUCCGGAUCGAGGCGCACUACCAGUCAGCGUAAAUAAUGGCAUUAUAUCAGAAGAAAACAUCGACGGAGGAGACAUUGAACGACAGGACAGCAAUGGAGAUAGCUUCAAACACCAAGGCAUGCCUGAGGUCAGGGCGCGUAUGAAGUACAUCUUCCCAGCAAUUGCUAUCGGUGUCUUCCUCUCAGCCGCCGACCAAACCCUCGUCGUCACCACCUAUGGAAUCAUAGGCACCGACCUCCACGCCCUGUCCUCGACCUCCUGGAUAGCAACCGGCUACUUCCUCACCCUCUCUGCGUUCCAGCCCGUCUACGGCAAGCUUAGCGACAUAUUCGGUCGCAAGAAAUGUCUCCUCUUCGCCUACCUUAUCUUCGGCAUCGGGUCGACGUUCUGCGGUCUCGCGCGAACUAUGGGCGAGCUGAUAGCUGCGAGGGCAUUUGCUGGCGUAGGAGGUGGGGGCAUGACGGUCGUAACCAGCAUACUAAUGAGCGACGUGUUGAGCCUGAGAGAACGAGGCACGUGGCAAGGGUACAUCAAUGUGGUGUAUGCGAGUGGUGCCGCUGCUGGGGCACCGCUUGGGGGCUUGCUGGCUGACAGCAUUGGAUGGCGGUGGACCUUUCUCGCCCAGGGGCCGCUUUGCAUGCUAGCCUUCAUCGCUGUUGCCCUGGUACUUGAUCUCCCGAAACAAGACCAUUCAGACUGGAAGACCAACGUCCGCAAGAUCGACUUCCUGGGCGCCGCCAUCCUCAUCGUCGCCAUCGCUGGCCUGCUUAUUGGUUUAGACCGAGGGUCGAACGUGUCGUGGAGCAAUCCGCUUACCAUCGCCGGACUUUGUACCACCCCAUUAUUUGGAAUCUUCAUUCUGGUCGAAAAGUACUUCGCCAGCCACCCUUUUGCGCCAGGACGGAUCAUCUUCAACAAAACACUCUUCGCGUGCUAUCUCUGCAACUUCUUCAGUUUUGGAGGCUACCUUGCAGUCUUGUUCUUCAUCCCACUGUAUUGGCAAGUCAUCGGAGACUACCGUGCCUCUCAAGCGGGAGCCUUACUCGUCCCAUGUAUCAUCUGCGGCGUUAGCGGAUCGCUCUUCGGCGGCUUCUACAUGAAGCGCACAGCAAAAUAUUACUGGAUCACAGUGAUUGCGUACUCGAAUCUGACCGUAGGCCUGACACUGAUUCUUCUCUUUGCUGGAACCAUCACCAAGAACUUGCCACUCAUGGUCGUGGGUACGUGUAUAUGUUCUUUUUCAAACGGAAUCGGGGUGACUACAACACUCAUCGGACUGAUCGCAAACGCAUCCCAUACCGACCAAGCCGUAGCUACAGCUUGCAGCUACCUCUUUCGCUCCCUGGGCUCCGUCUUCGGUAUCUCCAUGUGCGCAACGGCCUUCAAUCAAACAUUGCGCAAGUCUUUGCAAUCUGCCCUCAAUGGCGACAAGGACGCCGAGGAGAUUGCUGAGCGUGUUCGAGCCAGCCUGUCGUACUUCAAGAGUCUGGAACCUCAUCUCAAAGAGAUCGUGAAAGAGUGUUACGGUGACGCUACAAGGGCCGCGUUGGGCGUCAGCAUCGUAUUGGUAGCUGGAAGUUCGUUCUUUGCUUGGUUCAUCAAAGAGAAAAGACUGGAGAGAUGA